AUGUCGAAACAAAUAACACCGGAAGAUGUAAUCCAGUUUACUCGGCUCAGUGUAGCUUUAAGCUUUUGUUGGCCAUCUGCUGACAACAGCGGCAGAAGCCGCGGCUGUUACAAAAUUGCGCAAAUCUGUAUUGUCAUCAACGCUUUUCUGAUUCUCGUGCCUUCGUUGUACUCGAUUUAUUUGUACCUAGACGACAUAAGUUUUUACUUGGACGCUCUGUUCAAAUGUAUCACCUUAACGAUAUACACCACGCAACUAGUUAUUCAGACUUGUAUAUGUUGGAAGAAGCGCGACUCGCUGCAACGUAUAAUUGGAGAGAUGGUGAAAUGUGUGAACGAGGCGCAGCAGUUCGAAAGAGAUAUUUUCAUCGCGCAUAUAGUAAAAUGCAACGUCCUUUACAGUGCUUAUGUAGUGGCUAUUUAUGCGUCGCUAACCUUUUUCAUGUUUGGGCCUUUGGUCUUACCGAUUCCAACCCUGGUGAAUGUAGAAUAUCCGUUUGAAGUUAAUUAUACACCAGUAAAUAUUAUCAUCUACUUACAUCACAGCAGCGUAUGCCUCACCGUCACUGCACACUUAUGCAUAGGCGUGGUUGGUGCGCUCUUAAUGUGGUUCGCCGCUGCAAGAUUCGAAUGUUUAGUCGUGGAAAUUGAGAAAAUUACAAAUAUUCGUAUGUUGAUCGUUUGUAUUAAGAAAGAAUUAUUUUUAAGAAGAUACGCGGAGGAAGUGGUCGGUUGCUUUCGCUUUAUAGUGCUUUAUGUUUUGGGAAUGACAACGUUUACCAUAACUUUGUGUGGGAUUUUGAUGAUAAUGGAUUCUCCAAUAACUACGAAAAUGGAGCUCGUUAACUCUAGCUUCUUCUGUCUCAUCCUCACAUUCAUGUAUGCGUGGCCAGCUGAUUAUUUGCAAGACGCUAGUGUGAACGUCUCGCAAAGCGUAUACGACAUGGACUGGCACGAACAGUCUUCAGAAAUGCGAAAGCACAUGCUCAACGUGUUGGUUCAUCGAAAACCGGUAACACUUUCUGUCGGUUGUUUUAUGCCGGAACUUAAUUUGCGUUUCUUUUGUUCGGUAAGAGAAAUCAAUGUCUCUUUUGUCAAUUAUAAUAGUCAAUAG